CCCAUCUCAUCCCAUUGCACAGUUCCAGUGCAGUGUCCCAGCCUAAUAUCAGCACAUUUCUGGAUUUAUUUCCUAUGGGGCACGCACAUGUUCUUGAUAUCAGAAUUUCCAGGAAGGAAUGUUAUGAUAAGAAGAGACAACAGAAAUUAUUCAUGGGGAACUUGCCAAAAUGCCUCCCUUCCCUUUCCCUCCCACCGACCUUCCCUCCCCCACCCUGAGCUAGACAUCUUCUCAGCGAAUAGACUCUGCCUUGCACACUGUGACAGCCAGAGGGAGAGGGAGCUGGAGAUAGCGAGGAAGGAAGCUACUCAUAGGACUGGGAAAUGCUGCACACUGCUUAGAGACUGGUGGAGUAAAGAACCUACUCUUAACAGAGCACUUUUCCCUCACUGAAUCCUGGGUCUCUGCAGCAGGAGCUGUAUAGCUGAAGUCGGCAGAAUGGGAUGAGAAACGCAACUUGCAAUCCAGGCCGAGAUUCUCAUGAUGAAAACAACCAGGGCAUACGGUGGACCAAAAUGCAGCAGCAAGAGACAAAUAACCUGCAAGGAAAACCAGCAGAAUCAAAACCUGGACUGCAGAAUAUUCUGACUCUGUAAUCAAAUCCGUGUGUGUGUGGGCUGCCGAUUUAUCACCAAACAUCUGCUUGCAAAGACCCUGAACCUUUUUGCUGUGAGUGUCUCGGCUCACGCGAGGAAGUCCGACUGGCAAAUAUUUCUUCGUUAGUUUGACAGGAACUGGCAUCCUCGGCAUCGAAUUCCAAGCCUGUGAAUGGACAAGGCAUGUCUGCAGCCAGGACCUGCGGAUUCCUGAGGCUCCACGGGAAACGGACUCUGUGAGGCGAAAGGUUCAAGUGGGAUCAUGGGAGGGAAGCAGGUCAAAUGUCUCACAUCACCCAGUCCCAUACACAGCACAAAGAGCGAGUCCAUUGCAACCCAGUCGGAGGAGAAGGCAGACUUUGUGAUCAUCCGAGCUGAAGAAACAGAAACCAAAACAGAAGAGACAGACUCUCCAUUUCUCCCAGAGUGGCAGGCCGGAAGCCCUGGGACAUACCUAGAGACCUCCUGGGAGGAGCAGCUGCUGGAACAACAAGACCAUUUAGAAAAGGAAAUGGAGGAAGCAAAGAAGAUGAUUUCAGGCCUGCAGGCAUUGCUGCUCAAUGGGUCAUUACCUGAGGACGAGCAGGAGGGAUCAUUUGUCCUUUGUGAACAUGGAGCUUGUCCAGAAGAGCAGCUGGUCAUAAUCCGAAGUCGUCUGGACCAGAGCAUGGACGAAAAUCAGGACCUAAAGAAGGAGCUACUGAAAUACAAACAAGAAGCGCGAAACCUACAAGGAAUAAAGGAUGCAUUGCAGCAGAGGUUGGCUCAGCAGGACGCUUCAGUUCUUCAGCUAAAGCAGGAGCUGCUGAGAGCAAAUAUGGACAAGGAGGAAUUGCACAACCAGAAUGUUGAUCUGCAGAGGAAGGUUGAAGAGAGAAACAGACUCCUGGGAGAAUACAAAAAGGAGCUGGGCCAGAAGGAUCGGCACUUACAGCAGCACCAGGCCAAGCUAGACGAAAUGCUCCGUCAGCUCUCCGAGGCCAGCUACCAGCAGGCAGAUUUGGAGCGGGAGCUGGAGCACAAGGAGGCCCUGCUGGCUCAGUGCAUGAAGAGAGAGACAGAAGAGGUGAUGAGCUACAGCAAUCACAGCACUCAGAGCAACGGCUUCCUCCAGACAGCAGGAAAAGGAGCUGCUCCCACAGCCCACAGAGUGACGAAUGACCUGCAGUUGGUGCGUGAUGCCCUCCGCAGCUUGCGGAACAGUUUCAGCGGCCACGACCCGCAGCACCACACCAUCGACAGCCUGGAACAAGGCAUCUCCAGCCUGAUGGAGAGAUUGCACCGCAUGGAGACGCAGAAGAGGCAAGAGAGAAGGGUUCAAGGGAAGUCGCCCGCAAGCCGAGCAGCGAACGAGUAUCGAGACUCCUGGCCUCCCAACUCCAAAUUGCCUCAUUCUCACAGCACACCCACUAUGAGCAGCAGUGCCUGCACCAAAGUGCUCUACUUCACUGAUCGCUCACUCACACCUUUCAUGGUCAAUAUACCAAAGAGGUUAGGUGAGGUGACUCUGAAGGACUUCAAGGCAGCUAUCGAUCGGGAAGGAACCCACCGGUACCAUUUCAAAGCCCUAGAUCCAGAAUUUGGCACAGUCAAGGAGGAGGUGUUCCAUGAUGAUGACAUCAUUCCUGGUUGGGAGGGGAAAAUCGUAGCCUGGGUGGAAGAGGAUCAUGGGGAAAAUUAAUCAGACUCUUGGGUCUUGUUAUUGUGGGAACCUGUAACGCUGCAAUGCUCAGAGAUGAUGACCAAAAAGAGUGUGAGCUGGGACAUGUCCAAUUCAAGCUGCCAAAAGAGAGGACUUCUCUGCAACCAAUGGGUAAAACACUUUUUUGUGUGCGAGGAUGCCUGGCAUUUAACUUUCCCUGGCCAAAUGCAGACAGUGUUGUGAGACUGAAAUUACAGGUUGGUGGGAAAGAAUCAUCUUGCUUUGUCCUGUCAACAAAACCCUGGAGGCCUUAUUGAUGUGUUUCUCCAUUCUCCUGGUUCCCCCACCCCGUGAAAUGCCUGCUGCUGUUUGUAAACUGCACAUUUCAACUCUGAUUUGACACAUUCAGUAUUAUAUGAACCUGCAGUGAUCCCUGAAACAAUAAGUUCUGCCCUCAUGGACCAGAAGAUGCUGCUAGAUUCUAGUUUUUACCAGAAGAUCUGACCAACCAAAAUCCACGCCCAGAGAAUUUGUGCUGAAGAGGCAGAGCUCCCUCCAGUGAACUUUGCAAGCUCUUGAUACCAAGAGCACCAGGAACCUGACAGUGAAAGAAGCUUGUGGACUGUGCUAAGCACUACCAAAGCAAAGACCACCAGGUUGGCAACGUUGUCUUUCUUCCCAAAUGCAGGCUUCCAUUUCCUAGACUUGCUUCUGCUGUUUGCUCUCCAACUUGCAAUCAGGUCUGAGCUCUGUUGCCCUGGGAAGUUGGAACUCUUUGGUAACCAGGUGCUUACUUAACUGCCAAUGGAUUUUUAUUUUGGGGAAGGGAGCAGGAAACUUCCUAGCUUCCCCGCAGGUGAUAAGGUACUUUUGCUUCUUCUUUUGCCAGCCCUUUCUCUACAGCCAUUACCAUCCCUGCCCUUUCCAUACAUCCAGCAAGGCCAACAGAAAAUCUUAAUCUACUCUCCCAGGAAACAAGCAGGAAUGUUUCUUCAGGGAUGAAGUGACAGAGUCUGUUCUAUUGGUGCAUCUGUAUUCCUUCUUCCAACUUUCUCUGUGCAGGCAUCACCAUGUACUUGAUGUUCACUGACUGACAAGGCCAUUAAGCAAAUAACCAAACUGGUAGGAUAGAUAUUGUGAGCAGCAGUACCCCAAUUCCCAGCAUGCUUUCGUCUCUGGCACCUAAUGGAGUAGAAAACGGUCAGUUGGGAGAGCAUGUGCUAUGAGAUCCAUUAGGGUGUGUCUGCACUGCAAUAAAACAUCCAUGGCUGGCCCAUGUCAGCUGACUUGAGCUCAUGAGGCUAUAAAUUUGCAGGAUAGAUGUUCAAGUUGGGCUGGGGCUUUGGGACCCUGCAAUGCGGGAAGGUCCCAGAAUCCAGGCACCAGCCCGAGCCCAAACGUCUACACUGCAAUUUUAUAGCCCUGCAGCCCGAGCUCAAGUCAGCUGAUACAAGCCAACCGUGGUUUUCUUUCUUGCAGUGUAGACAUACACUUAGGGACCCAGGUUUUCUCACUGCAGUGCCAGGCCCUGCUGUUACUGUCAGGCAGCCAGACUUCUGCAAAGCUGGCCACAGUUUGCAGCAGACAGGCACUGUUGACUGAAAAGGUCAGUGAGUCAAGCCUCGGUCUGUUCAUCUUUGGUACACGUGCCCCAUCAGUGGACUGCCUGCUUGUCUGAGUUGUGCGGGUGAGGCUGGGAGAACUUGGUUUUAUUAUUUUAUAUUAACGUGACCUUUUAUAAACUUGUUCCUGUUUUUUGGAAUUAUUUUGUACCAGUUUACAUCAUUGUCUGAGGUGUAUAUUUUUAUACCAGUGCAAGUGCUUUCUGUAUAUUUCCACAAUACUGUGCUGUAGUUGACUCAUUUUCUAGAGAAUGUCAAUAUGUUUUAUACAGUCUCCUGUUAACACCAUGCAAAGUGGGGUCCAUGACUAGCUUUAUUUUACUACAAAGUACAACUACUUCCUACUGUUUUUAUAUUUUGCCAGCUGUUUCUUGUAUAGACAGGAAUUACGUGUAGUUUGUCUUGUCACUCCCUCUGUUGCAGGAGGAGCUCAAAUACCUUUCUGGCCCCAUUCCUGCACUGGUAGAACACGUGUUGGCUGUUAGGCCAGUAUUGAUCAGUUCCAUUUCAUCGGCGGAUUUAUACGCACUCUUUCUCUUCACAAACAGCCGUCGAAACAUCAGCAUUUGGGAAAGUUCUUCAAUGGGAGAAAAGCAGUAUCAGUCCUGAAAAGAAACAGAAGUUCUCUUCCUCCCUGGAAAUCACUGGUUUCUCUGUUGCAUGUGUUUUAGUGCGUUGCUAUAAGACAGCAUGGGGUUAUCAUACUAAAAUGCAUUGUUGUAUUUCAGUUGCAAUUUAUCUUGAAUGUCUUUUAAUUCAAGUUUUACUAGUCUGCUUAAUUUCAGUCAGAGUUGUGCGCUUUAGGUAGGACUUAUCCGUUUUAUGGAAACAAUUAAAACAGUAAUUUUUCAAAGGC